AUGAGCAAUCGAUCUUGCGACAAGACUGCAUCGUUCACUGAGAAAGACAUCCCCGACUUGACUGGAUAUGUCGUGAUCGUUACUGGUGGCAACUCCGGAAUUGGACUCCAGACCGCACAACAGCUUGCUCUUCGCAAUGCGCGAGUCUGCAUCGCAAGCCGGUCGGAGCAGCGUGUCAGGCAAGCCAUCGACCAGAUGCGCAAGUCAAAUCCUGGCCAGAGACUCGACCUGCGCUUUCUCGAACUGGAUUUGCAAGACUUAGCGUCGGUAAAGGCCACGGCGAAAGCAUUCGCUUUGUUGGAAGAGAAGCUUGACAUCCUAGUCCAUAACGCUGGUGUCAUGGCCACCCCAUACCAACUAACAAAAGAUGGGUACGAGCGUCAAUGGCAAGUCAACUACCUGUCACCGUUCCUCAUGACAUACUACCUUCUGCCGCUUCUUUUGAGGGCCGCUGCCCAGUCAGGACGGCAAGACAGAGCAAGAGUUGUCAACGUCUCCAGCGAUAUGGCGUUUGCGCUUGGGCCGAAGAAGAUCUUGUGGGACGAUGUCAACAUGACCAAGACAAAAGGAAUGUUAGAGCUGCAAAAGCGAUACUCUCAUUCGAAGCAAGCUGCAAUCCGAAGCGCAAAGGAGCUCAACGAUCGGUACAGCUCUCAGGGCGUCACCGCAUACUCGGUCCACCCAGGCAUCAUCAAAUCCAACCUACAGCAGGCUAACGGGACAUUCAUUGGCAAGGUCUCUCAGCUCAGCGUGGCUUUGCUUGCUAAGACCACGCCAUUGGAAGGCUCCUACAACACGCUCUUCUGCGCCACGAGUUCAGAAGCGCCGAAGUUCCAGGGAAGCUACUUCGAGCCGGUUGGAAAACGGUCGCCGAAAGCAGAGACGUGGCUCAACGAGAAGGACGAUAAUGCGAGGUUGUGGAACUACUCUGAGGCGUAA